AUGAAAAGAAGCUUCAACCAAGCUUCCGAUCCUCAUAAUCAUCUGUAUAGAUUCGAUGUUGAGAAUAUUAUCAAUGAAAAUCAACAACCGUCCUUGAAAAAGAUCAAAAAUUAUUUGGAAUCGGAACAUCAUUUACCAUGUUAUUCUAGGCUUGAUUUGGAAUUGGUCAUUCAUAUCAUGGAGUUUGUGAACAUUUAUUUGGAACACACAUUUAUUUUGCGAGAAUUUAAUUGGAAUCAAAUUUUACAGUUAUUUGGAGUGAAAAAGAUCAAUCCACAACAGAGAAGUGUGUUUUUACUCUAUCCAAGUAUUGAAUUAGAAAUUUAUGACUUUGAUGUGCUGUAUAAAUACUACUUUCCUUUGAAGUAUGUGAAAAAUCUUACAUUGGCGGAUCGAAGACCUCGCUCGAGUACGUUACACUUUCCACAAACAACCUUGUAUCCUUUUCAUUGCAUGAAACAGUUGGAAUCUCUUGAUAUUUACAGCCAUGUGCUCGAUGAUGAGGCCCUGAAUAUUCUUUCACACACGAGAAAACUGAAAUCGCUACAUAUAAGAGGCGCAUUUUCCAUCUCUAUGACUGGCUUACGUAUUUUUAUGGAACAAAAUCCACAGUUACAACGCCUUAAACUUGGAAAUGUUGGAAUUGAUCAUAUAGACGACAGCUUCUGUGAACACACAUUUUGUGAGCAUAGUGGGCUGAUUGAAUUACAAGCUCCGCAACAUAACAUCAGCAGUACAGGAUUGGAGUCAUUGAUUAGUAAUAGUAAAUUAAGAACAUUAAAUUUACUGGAAAACGUAGAAAUUGCAGAGACAAAUCUCACAGCCCUAGCUUUUAAUAAUAAUUUGACAGAUUUAACAUUAUCGUACAACAAACUAGGAGAUAAUGAAAUUACACAAAUAGCUCGCUAUGGAAGAAACAUUAAAUAUUUGAACAUCUCCUCCUUGCGAUCUACUGUGUCUCCUGAGAGUAUCAUGGAACUGCUUCAGCAACCUCACUUUGUCAGUUUGUGCAUACGGCAUCUUAAACCAGCAAUUAUUGAUUCAUCAAUUUUCAACAUUUCAAGCUCAUUACGAGCACUAGAUAUUUCAUUGACCUGUGGGAAUAGCAAUACCAGUGGAGACAGUAUUGCUGAAGUCAUUUCCAAGAAUUUUAAUCAGCUCCACUUUCUCUCCAUGCGAAAAUGCUAUUUAACUGAUGUUGGAUUUAUGCACUUGGCAAGAAUGAAAUCUCUGAGAAACUUGAAUGCUAGUUACAACGAUUUAACUGAUGACGGCAUGCGAUUUUUUGUUCAAGAAAACUCAACACUAGAGGCUCUACAUGUUAAUUCAAACAAACAAAUUACAAACUAUGGGUACAGACUGUUGGCUUGGCAUCCAGCUCUUGUGAGAUUGAAAAUAUCAGGUAAAAUUGGAAAUGAUGCUCUCGUUCAUAUUUUCAUGAAGCUCAAAACAUGUAAGAGCUUACAUAUUGAUGGAUUUAGCAAAUUAUCAGAACUUCCAUUUGAAUAUUUACCUCAAUCAAAUUUGGAACAUUUAUCAAUCAUUGGAUCGUUCAUUUCACAAUACUCUGCAGAAUUGAUUGCAAGAGCAGAAAAUCUCAAAGACUUGUUGUUGGACUUUGCCUCAGAAACGAGAACAAUCACGAGUGAGCUUCUGAAAGUUUUAGCAACUAGCUCAAGUUUGCAUAUUUUAAGACUGCCUCAACAAAACUUUCAUUCGCUUACAGAGGGUGUAAAGGCUGUCAAAUUGUCAGGAAAGCAAAUUAUUUGGCAUUGA